GCUUUUCAGCAUGCCUGGACUUUACGUCACCCCCCAAAAGACUUACAUAAAUCCGAGAUAUAAAAAGAGGGGGAUUGCAGACUCAAAGUCACAGGUACAUUGCUACUUGUACUAUCUGCAUUACCAGAGAUUUCUUCUCUCUCUACUCUCUCUGGCAUUACUGCUACAACUACCACUGCGACAGACAGACAGGAAAGGUUCUUAAAGGGACACAGAGGAUGAGGGCUGCCAUCCCACUGCUGUUUCUGCUGUUCUGUGUCCAGACAGAGAGCCAGAGAAAUGAAACUGCUGUUCCGGUAGUCCAUACCCAAUUGCUUGCCUCUGCUGAGCUAAAGGAGCUUAGAGACAUGGUGGUGGAGCUGAGGGGAACACUAAGAUACAAGUUAAAGUCACUGGAGGCUGAACAUGCUGCAGUGAAAGCAGAAAUGAAGAUGGAGGUGGACAAUCUAAAGAAGGAGCUUGCAUCACGUGAGUCGGAGUUGGCUGCUCUGAGGACCAGAAUGGCUGCUAGUGAUGCUUGGAUAGACGACCUGAAGGUGGACUAUGCAGAACAAGAGGCAGAGCUGACAGCAGUGAAGACGAGACUGGACGCCACUGAGAGUGAAGUGGAGAACUUGGAGAAAGAAAUCAAAGCAGCACCCAAGGUGGCAUUCUCAGCAGGUCUUGGUAAUUCAGAAUACAUACAGGCUGGAAAUACUGACCUAAAUGUGGUCUUCAGUAAAGUCAUCACCAAUGUAGGACAGGCGUACAACAGCAUAACAGGCUUCUUCACAGCUCCAGUGAGCGGAGUCUACUACUUCAGGUUCACUGUUUUGGAUCAUCUGGCCCGCCGCCGUGCAAUGGGCAUAAGGAUGUUUAAGAAUGGGCAAGGGGUCGUGUGGCUGACUGAGGCUGACAGUGAUGGUGUUUCCACCUACCUGAUAGGUGGUCUGACUCUGCAGCUGGAGAAGGGAGAUGCAGUUAACCUGGUGAUCACAGCAGGCAGCAGGCUCUAUGAUAAUGAUGACAACCACAGCACCUUCAGUGGCUUCCUGCUCUUCCCUCUCUCAACCCCAUAAUGCAUGCUGUUCCACCAGUGGAAUGCUGUAAUAGUUAUUGAAAAGUUAAAGGUGGGGUUGCAGGUUAACCAUUGAAGAAUAUGUACUAUUAUGACAUCACGUUGGGGGCUCCCAAGUCUAUGUAGAACUUUAGAAUCCUGGGAGAGUUCCCCAACGUGAUGUCAUACCUGCAACCCCACACAUAGUACUACGCUACUAUGCCAUAACACAGGAUGUUAGUAAUGGAUGUUAGUAAUGCACUAUGACUUGUUCAUUGCCAUUCUGGUAACAGUCAAUUUAUAAAACUGUGCCUUCACGGCUUAAGCAAUCUUGAAGAAAAUAAAA